UUCUGAGCGCCGCUAGCGCUGAGGGAAGGAAGUUGGCCUGGGAGAGGCCUGGGCUGUGUCGGCAAGGCCGCGGGCGGCCUCGGUGGCUGCUUUGACCAACUGAGGGCGGCGCGAUGGGAGACGAGAUGGAUGCCGUGAUCCCCGAGCGGGAGAUGAAGGAUUUUCAGUUUAGAGCACUGAAAAAGGUGAGAAUCUUUGACUCCCCUGAGGAGCUGCCCAAGGAACGCUCGAGUCUGCUUGCCGUGUCCAACAAAUAUGGCCUGGUCUUUGCUGGUGGAGCCAGUGGGUUGCAGAUUUUCCCUACUAAAAAUCUUCUUAUUCAAAAUAAACCUGGAGAUGAUCCCAAUAAGAUAGUUGAUAAAGUUCAAAGCUUGCUAGUUCCUAUGAAAUUCCCGAUACACCAUCUGGCCCUGAGCUGUGAUAACCUCACACUUUCCGUGUGCAUGAUGUCCAGUGAAUAUGGUUCCAUUAUUGCUUUUUUUGAUGUUCGCACAUUCUCAAAUGAGGCUAAGCAGCAGAAACGCCCAUUUGCCUAUCAUAAGCUUUUGAAAGAUGCAGGGGGCAUGGUGAUCGAUAUGAAGUGGAACCCUACUGUUUCCUCCAUGGUGGCAGUUUGUCUGGCUGAUGGCAGCAUUGCUGUCCUCCAAGUCACAGAGACAGUGAAAGUGUGUGCGACUCUUCCUUCCACAGUGGGAGUAACGUCUGUUUGCUGGAGCCCCAAGGGAAAGCAGCUGGCAGUGGGAAAACAGAAUGGAACUGUGGUCCAGUAUCUUCCUACUUUGCAGGAAAAAAAAGUCAUUCCCUGUCCUCCAUUUUAUGAGUCAGAUCAUCCCGUCAGAGUUCUGGAUGUGCUGUGGAUCGGUACAUACGAAUUCACAAUAGUAUAUGCUGCUGCAGACGGAACCUUGGAAACUUCCCCAGAUGUGGUGAUGGCUCUGCUCCCGAAAAAAGAAGAAAAGCACCCAGAGGUGUUUGUGAACUUCAUGGAGCCCUGCUACGGCAGCUGUACAGAGAGGCAGCAUCAUUACUACCUCAGCUACGUUGAGGAGUGGGAUUUAGUGCUGGCAGCAUCUGCGGCUUCAACAGAAGUUAGUAUCCUUGCUCGACAAAGCAGCCAGAACAACUGGGAAUCUUGGCUACUGGAGGAUUCUAGUCGAGCUGAGCUGCCUGUGACAGACAAGAGUGAUGAUUCCUUGCCUAUGGGAGUUGCCAUAGAUUAUACUAACCAAGUGGAAAUCCCCAUCAGUGAUGAGAAGACUCUUCCUCCUGCUCCAGUUCUUAUGUUGCUUUCAACAGAUGGUGUGCUUUGUCCAUUUUAUAUGAUCAAUCAAAAUCCUGGCAUUAGGUCCCUCCUCAGGACACCAGAGCGGCUCUCGUUAGAAGGAGAGCGGCAACCCAAGUCAUCAGGAAGUACUCCUACCACCCCAACCUCCUCUCAAGCCCCACAGAAACUCGACACUCCAGCAGCCACAGCUCCUGCCUCUGUUCUGCCUUCAUCAUCGGCCGCUCCCACCUCCACCUUCUCUUUACCUUCUGCUGUUGGAGCCCCUGCCGUGUUCUCCUUUGGUUCUUCUUCCCUGAAAUCAUCUGGUUCUGUCACUGGGGAGGCCCCCCCGUAUUCCAGCAGCUCCGACAAUCCCAAAGCAGCCCUGGGCUCUGGAGUAUCCACCUUCUCCUUUGCGCCUCCUUCUCAAGCCUCCUUCGCCCCCACCCCUGUGGCCUCUCCCAUGGCACCACCAGCUGCUUCAUUCUCCUCGGGGCCGUCGGGUUUUAAGCCUACCCUGGAAAGCACACCGAUGCCAAGUGCGUCCGCUCCAAACCUAGGAGUGAAGCCCACGUUCCCACCAUCAGCUUCUGCAGUCAAGGUCAAUCUUAGCGAAAAGUUUCCCGCCGUGGCUCCCCCUGCUCCUGCGCAUAACUCACAGACCGCACCCUCGAUGCUGCCCUUCUCCUCUGCCUCCAGGCCCGCUCCCUCCGGGCCCCUCAGCCACCCUGCGCCGCUCUCAGCGCCAUCCAGUUCCACGUCAUCCAAGUCCUCAGUCUCUCCCUCGGCAUCAGCAGUGCGGUCAGCUCAGGGCAUUCCAAGUCCAGCGCCCUCCAUGGUGCAGAAAUCGCCUAGAAUAACCCCUCCUGUGGCCAAGUCAGGCUCUCCCCAGGUGAAAUCACUUCAGCCUCCUGUUACAGAAAAGCAGGGACAUCAGUGGAAAGAGUCAGAUCCUGUGAUGGCUGGAAUCGGGGAGGAGAUCGCUCACUUUCAGAAGGAGCUGGAAGAGUUGAAAGCCCGGACUGCCAAAGCCUGUUUCCAAGUGGGUACUUCCGAGGAGAUGAAGAUGCUGCGAACAGAAUCAGACGACCUGCACACCUUUCUUUUGGAGAUUAAAGAGACCACAGAGUCUCUGCAUGGAGAUAUAAGUACCCUGAAAACAACUUUACUUGAGGGCUUUGCUGGUGUUGAAGAAGCCAGAGAACAAAAUGAGAGAAACCGUGACUCCGGAUAUCUGCACUUGCUCUGUAAGAGACCGCUGGAUCCUAAGAGUGAAGCUCAGCUCCAGGAAAUUCGGCGCCUUCAUCAGUAUGUGAAAUUUGCUGUCCAAGAUGUGAAUGAUGUCCUAGACUUGGAGUGGGAUCGGCAUCUGGAACAAAAGAAAAAACAAAAGCGCCUGCUUGUGCCAGAGCGAGAGACACUGUUUAACACCCUUGCCAACAACCGGGAAAUCAUCAACCAACAGAGGAAGAGGCUGAAUCACCUGGUCGAUAGUCUCCAGCAGCUCCGUCUUUAUAACCAAACCUCCCAGUGGAGCCUUCCCUUGGAUGUUCCCUCCCAGAGCAGCACUCACAGUUUUGACAGUGACCUUGAAAGCCUGCGCAAUGCUUUGUUGAAAACCACCGUGGAGUCUCAUACCAAACCCUUGCCCAAAGUACCAGCUAAACUGUCCCCCGUGAAACAGGCACAGCUGAGAAACUUCUUGGCCAAGAGGAAAACCCCGCCGGUGAGAUCUACUGCUCCAGCCAGCCUGUCUCGGUCAGCCUUCCUGUCUCAGAGAUACUACGAAGACUUGGAUGAAGUCAGCUCAACGUCAUCCAUUUCUCAGUCUUUGGAGAGCGAAGACACACGGGCAUCCUGUAAAGAUGACGAUGCCGUGGUCCAGGUCCCUCGGCAUGCCCCGGUGGUUCGGACUCCUUCCAUCCAGCCCGGUCUCCUGCCUCAGGCACCUCCUUUUGCGAAAUCUCACCUGAUUCAUGGUUCGCCUGGUAUGAUGGGAACAUCAAUGUCUACAUCAGCUAGCAAAAUCAUUCCUCAAGGGGCUGACAGCACAAUGCUUGCAACAAAAACUGUGAAGCAUGGUGCACCUGGUCCUUCCCACCCCAUCUCCGCCCCCCAGGCGGCCGGCGCUGCAGCCCUGCGACGGCAGAUGGCCAGUCAGGCACCAGCUGUAAGUACUUUGACUGAGUCAACGUUGAAGAAUGUCCCUCAAGUGGUAAAUGUGCAAGAACUGAAGAAUAAUCCGACAGCCCCCUCUGCAGCGAUGGGUUCUCCAGUGCCAUACUCUACAGCCAAAACGCCUCACCCAGUGUUGACCCCCGUGGCUGCUAACCAGGCUAAGCAGGGAUCGCUAAUAAAUUCCCUGAAGCCGCCUGGGCCCACACCAGCGUCCAGCCAGUUGUCAUCUGGUGAUAAAGUUUCAGGACCAGGGGCAACCAAGAUAGAAACAGCUGUGACUUCCACCCCGUCUGCUGUUGGGCAGUUUGGCAAGCCUUUCUCAUUUUCUCCAUCAGGGACUGGCUUUAAUUUUGGGAUAAUCACACCAACACCGUCUUCUAAUUUCACUGCCACACAAGGGGCAACACCCCCCAGUAAAGAGUCAAACCAACUCGACACAUUCCCUUUUGGCGGGGGAGGCAAAUCUUUUUAUGAGACCAUUGCUGAAAGCUCAGCCCCCUCGGGAAUGACGGCGUCCAGCACCCCUGGAACUGCUGUUGCCUCCCCAGGAGAGUCCGCUCCCUCCAGCAGCAGACCUGUGCCACCUUCUGGAACUGCUCUUGCCACCCCCUCUAGCAAGCCGGAAGCUCCGCCGUCCAAGUUGGGAGAGCUUCUGUUUCCAAGUUCUCUGGCUGGAGAGACUCUAGGAAGUUUUUCAGGACUGCGGGUUGGCCAAGCAGAUGAUUCUACAAAGCCAGCCAGUAAGGCUUCGUCCACGAGCCUAACUAGUGCCAGUGCACAGCCAACCAAGGCUUCGGCCGUCCCCUCCGGGUUUAGUUUUACUGGCCCCACAGUGUUAGGGAAGCACGCGGAGCCCCCCGUCACCUCUUCCGUGCCCAGCACAGUGGCACCAGCAGCAGCCAGCACCAGCACCAGCACCAGCAGUUCCUCGACUGGCGUCUUUGGCAGUCUGCCACUCACCAGUACGGGAUCCUCUGGGGUAAUCAAUUUUGGUGGCUUAUCUCUAAGUGGUAGUAAGACCAGUUUUUCAUUUGGAGGCCAGCAGAUGAGUAGCAUGGCGCCCUCAUCUGCCCCACCCUCAGCUGCCACUGCCGCUCCCUUGCCUGCAUCAUUCCCCACGUCAUUUGGUAGCCUCCUGAGCUCAGCAUCUGCUCCCACCCUGCCUGGGUCCUCUAGUAAAGGCGCAGAAGAAGCCACAUCAUCGGCAGUGCCCGAAAAGCCAGGCAGUAGUGAGACCCCAGCGUCAGCAGCCUCCUCCCUUCUAGGGCAGCAGCAGUCAGCACAGCUUCCCCAGGCUGCUCCUCAAACUUCUGACUCUGUUAAAAAAGAACCCGCUCUUGCCCAGCCUGCAGUCAACAGCCCUGGCACUGUAGCGUCUACUACCAGUGUCGCAGCGCCUUCUGCAGAGGCCGCUCCGGCCACCUCCGGGGUCCUGGACGUCAAGACGGAACCGCCAUCUCCGGCUUCCACCCAUCCUGUGCCCGGGCAGACUGCCGUCACCACACCUGCGGUCCCAAGUGCAGUCCCCGUGGCCCCAGAAACAUCAAGACCCCCCACAACCUCCAAUGUCGUUUCCAGUGUUGCUCCCAGCCCAGCUACGGAGAUAGCGGUGUUUGGGACUGUCACUUCCGGCUCAUCUGUCUUUCCCCAGCCACCGGCUGCCAGUUCUAGCUCAGCUUUCAGCCAGCUCACCAGCAACACGGCCACCGCCCCCUCCGCGACCCCCAUGUUCGGGCAGGCAGCAGCCAGCACCGCACCGAGCCUGUUUGGGCAGCAGACAGGCAGCACGGCCAGCACGGCGGCUGCCGCGCCGCAGGUCAGCAGCACAGGUUUCGGCGGUCCAGCCUUUGGCACCACUGCCACAGGGGUCUUUGGACAGACGGCGUUUGGGCAGGCCCCGGCCUUCGGGCAGUCGACCAGCAGCCCGGCGAGCAGCUUCUCCUUCAGUCAGCCCGGGUUCAGCUCCGUGCCUGCCUUUGGUCAGCCCGCGUCCUCCACCUCCACGUCUACCAGUGGCAAUGUCUUUGGUGCCUCUUCCAGCACCGGUAGCUCCAGCUCCUUCUCAUUUGGACAGUCUUCUGCCAGCACAGGAGGUGGGCUGUUUGGCCAGAGCAACCCGCCUGCCUUUGGUCAGAGUCCUGGUUUUGGGCAAGGAGGCUCAGUGUUUGGUGGCACCUCAGCCACCACUACGACAGCAGCAUCCUCUGGGUUUAGCUUUUGUCAAGCUUCAGGUUUUGGGUCUAGUAAUACUGGUUCUUUGUUUGGUCAAGCAGCCAGCACUGGGGGAACAGUCUUUGGCCAGCCGUCGUCCUCCUCCAGUGGAGGCAUGUUUGGGUCUGGAAACACUGGAAGAGGGGGAGGUUUCUUCAGUGGCCUUGGAGGGAAACCCAGCCAGGAUGCAGCCAGCAAAAACCCAUUCAGCUCGGCCAGCGGGGGCUUUGGAUCUACAGCCACCCCAAGUCCGAGACGGUCUCCGUUUCACUGCUGCUCCACCCCCUUGGACCCUCGACUUCGUUGGCACCCCCUUCCCCCGAGACACCGCAUACCUCCAGCCUGUUCGGGAACAGCGGAGCCAAGACAUUUGGUGGGUUUGCCAGCUCAUCGUUUGGAGACCAGAAACCUGCGGGCACGUUCAGCUCUGGAGGAGGAAGCGUGGCAUCCCAAGGCUUUGGGUUUUCCGCUCCAAAUAAAACAGGUGGCUUCGGUGCUGCUCCAGUGUUUGGCAGCCCUCCUACUUUUGGGGGAUCCCCUGGGUUUGGAGGGGUGCCAGCAUUCGGUUCAGCCCCAGCCUUUACAAGCCCUCUGGGCUCGACGGGAGGCAAAGUGUUCGGAGAGGGUACUGCGGCUGCCAGCGCAGGAGGAUUCGGGUUUGGGAGCAGCAGCAACACCACAUCCUUCGGCACCCUCGCAAGUCAGAACGCCCCAACUUUUGGAUCGCUGUCCCAACAGUCUUCUGGGUUUGGGACCCAGAGCGGGGGAUUCUCCAGCUUUGGAUCAGGCGGAGGAGUAUUCAGCUUUGGAUCAUCUAGCUCGUCUGUCCAGGGCUUCGGCGGCUGGAGAAGCUGAGCGGGUGUCUGUGCUCCUUUCUGUUCCUGUGACCAACUGCGUUCUCAGCUCCUCUUUGCUGAGAAACCCUGGAGCAGUCCUUUGAGAUGGACAUUCUUAACUGAAAUACACACCCAGAAAGAAACAGCGGAAACCAGACUCCAGAGAUGCUUGAUUGCUUGUUUUGUUUUCUGUUCGUUGUUUCCCCCCUGCUAUUAAACCGCUUGGUCUGUUUCCAUACAGAAUGUAUGUGGGCGUUUUCAGGUCACAGCCAAGGAGAGAGGUUUCCUCACUCCUGUGGCCUUGAGAAACCUGCACAGCCGUCCAGCAGACAGCAGUGUGUCUUCAAAGGCAGCGCCAAAAAACCCAGCACAGGGUAUUGAGAGCCAAGAGCUUCUCCCAGACAGCCUCCCUGGUCUUCCUUGCCCAGAGCCUUCCCGGAGGGAAGAGGUCGAGUGCUGGCCAGCCCCCUUUGGAGGAUAUAACAUGGUGUCUCUUCUUCAUGUCCCUUUUGCUGUUGGAUAUCAGGGCCCUCAAGGUGCCAACUUCACGAUUGGGUGGAGGGAGAGAAACUCCCUUAUGCAGUAUGCUGGCAUCACUGAGUUUCAGAGCGGUGGGGGGGUGAGGCGGGCAUGGCGAGCACCCCAGUGAGCACUGACUGGCCGGUGCGCUGCCCUGGAGCAGCUUCCUCGGUCUGGCUCACCUCCUUGGUCUGGCUCACCUCCUCGGUCUGGCUCCUGGGCGCCAUGUGUCCCACAGCUCACGUCUACUCUGGAGAAGGGAGGGCAGCUGAUUGAGAAGUUGACUUUUAUCUCCAGUAGGUGAUGGUGACAUUGGUCACCGUCCUGGCUCUUCGUCAUUUAACCACAGCACAGGUAGACCCAGGAGUUGAGAAACCGUUGCUCCUGCCCGGGACCACAACAGGAGUCCCAAGGGGUGGCUGAGAGAUCGUAACUUCUGUCUUAUCCAAGUGCUUGUAGCGCAGCGCUGCUCAGGUCUGGGCAUAUUAGAACUCAGGCCUGGGCUCGCCGAGGCCGUUGCUGAUGAGCGGGGACGGCCUUGCACCAGCGUGGGAGUGGGAACUCGUUCCCUCUGAGGCCCAGAAUGCAAUGGUGUUCCGGCUCGGGUCAUUAGCAGGGGAGGCCUGGAAGGGGGCAGUUGUUUAGAUUUUUACAUAUUGGAAAGUUGUAUUUUGAAAUGUUUUAAUAAAAGUUUUCCAUGUGAUGUAAUCUGUCACCUUA